AUGGGUCAACUUAGAGAUUUGAUGCCUCUAAUUAACCUUAGAAAUAGACUUGAAAUUGAACUUAAAAGAGGAUAUGCAUACGAUUUGAACAACUCUGAGGAGGGAUCAUAUUUAUUAAACAAGGAACAUAUCAAGGUUUUGUUGAUAGAACAAGAAAACAUCUGGGUUAGACCACACCGAAUCAACCAUUUGUAUCAGCAGGAUGACCCAGUAGUUUUAAAAGAAAGAUUGCUAGAAAGACUCGAACCCCACCAUGAUCUUAGAGAGAUUAGAAUUACAGGAUAUGAAGGUGUGACGUUGCCAAGAUGGGCAGCCAAACUAGCAAUGUCUCUCCCACGGCUUGUGACAAUCUCACUAGUGUAUUUUCGUGAUUUGCAACAUCUGCCAGCAAUGAGUCAACUACAGCAUCUCAAAUAUCUUACGCUCAUAGAAAUGCCCAAUGUAGAGUUCGUGGAGGAUGAUAGUGGUGGUGCUGCUGUUGUACCAUCGUUUCCGUCACUUGAGUCUUUGUUCCUCUGGAAUUGCCAAAGCUUGAAAUGUUUUCCUGAUUGUCCACAUGUGAAAAAAUUUACCUUAUGUGGCCUCGACGAAGCACUGACAUUUUGUAGACAUAGAGAUGAUGCAACGGCCACCUCUGCUGGCUCUUCAUUAUCAAGCAGCAACAACAAUAAUUCUGAUGUGUUUGAUUUGUGGGAAUUAAAAACAGACAAUUUAGGAAUACUCAAGUCCCUUUUCCGUGAUUCUAUACAAAGCAUUCAUCAUCUCACAUUGCUUAACAUGGAGGUCCAGAGUUUGUCGAGUUCUGUACAAGAGAAUAAUCAGAAGUACGCAUUUUCCAUUCAUAGUCUUAAGUUUUUGUCUUGCCAAAACUUAAAAAGUUUGUCAGGAGAAGGAAUAGAGUGUCUCACCAACUUGAAAACACUAUCGAUUUGGGAAUGCCAUAACCUGAAACUGGAAGAAGAGGAAGGGUUUCCAUGGAAAGCCCUUCACGUCCUGUCCGACUUGAGCUUCAAUGAACUUCCACAACUGAUACAUCUACCAAAGGGCCUUCAAUACUUGACUACCCUUCAAAGUCUUGAAAUUGAAUUUUGUGACAAGUUGGAAGCCCUCCCAGAGUGGCUUGAUUGCCUCAAGUCUUUGCGAUCACUUGACAUCCGUUAUUGUCUGAGACUGAAAUCGCUUCCAGAAGCAAUCUUUCCGUCACUCACAACACUCCAUAUACACUUCUGCGAUGGGCUGAAGGAAAAGUACAGCGAACCAAAUGGGACAGACUUUCCUAAAAUAUGUUUCAUCCCUGAUCUAUACCUCUAUUUUUGA